AUGGCCUAUACACGUUUUAAGGGUAAGUUCUGCAAUAUCUCGGUCAUCAGUGUCUAUACUCCAACGCUAUCAGCAGAUGACCGUGAUAAAGAUAAGUUCUAUGUGGAACUUCAACUGCUAACGAAGUCUCUACCGAAACAUGACAUGGUCAUAAUCGGGGGAGACUGGAAUGCUCGCGUAGGUCAUAUUGCAGAUGUGAUGACCUCAACAAUUGGCAAAUAUGGCAUCGGAGACCGGUGUGCCAAUGGGGAACGUCUUCGUUAUGCCGAUAUGCUGAAGAGCAUGAACUUUUUAUUACUAAUACUUGCUUCCGGCAUCAUAAAAACAUCCAGUCACGUGGAACUCUCCGGACAACCAACACUUCAACGAGAUUGA